AUGGCCACCACCGCCUUUGACAAGUGCGAUGCGCGGCCAGCGCACAUCGACGCCAUUCUCAACGGACUCGACCGGUACAAUCCUGAGACGACGACUGUGUUCCAGGACUACGUUGUGCAGCAGUGCGAGGACCGGACAUUUGACUGCUAUGCGAAUUUGGCACUUUUGAAGCUGUACCAAUUCAACCCCCACCUCCUCCAACCCGAAACAACAACCAAUAUCCUCGCCAAAGCCCUGACGGUGUUCCCCUCACCGGCGUUUUCGCUCUCGCUCUCCCUUCUCCCCGCGCACACACAGCCCUUUGGCUCCAGCGACAACAAUGCUGCAGCAGCAUCGCAAACCUCUGAUUUUGUAGAGUCCAUCCAAAAACUCACGCGGCUCAACACGCUGCUCGAAUCGGCACAGUACUCGCUCUUUUGGAACUCGUUCAAUUCCGACGACCUGUAUGCCGACCUGGUCGCCGACGUGGCCGGUUUCGAGGAACUGGUGCGCGUGCGCAUCGCGGUCGAAGUCGGCAAGGCCUUUCGCGAGGUUAGCGCAGAUGUGCUGUCCGGAUGGCUGGAUUUGAAGAGCCGCGAGGCCCUGGAGAAGUUUGUCACGGAUGUCUGUGGAUGGCAGGUUGAUGGGUCUGUUGUGCAUGUGCCCAAGAACCGUGAGAAUGAGGCCAGGUCGGAGAUUAAGAGUGAGCGUGUUGGUGUGGAUAUGUUUGGGCGUGUUAUUCGCCGCGGGUUUGAGCAGCCUGCUUAA